CUUGACAGCUACUCUCAGGCGAACAAGGAGACACAAGGCAAAUUCACCAUUGGCGAUGAGAAGGUACGUUUUCGCGAUUCUUCCGGUCGACGUCAAGUCACAACUGACAAAUCCAGAAACACAACGUCUUCAUGCUCUACGCAGACCCCGAAAUUCAGAAGGCUGUCGGGCAAACCGAGCCCGUCGAAGUCGUACGCACACUGCGCGCACUGAAGGACAAGUCGUAGGGCGACUACACGUGUAAAGGGGCCGGCAUAGAGGUGUACCGGCGAUCUCAAAUGAAGAACUAUCACUAUUUCGAUCAACAUGCAUUCGAUGAACUCGUGCGCGCCAGAGACCUUGCCGACAACCGUGCUGCCGAACUAAAGUCACUCGAGACAUCUUUUUACGCGCCACAAGUGUACCUCUAUCGCACGACCGGCACCUUCUCGACCAUGUUUGGUCAGGAGCGCGGCAAUAAACCGGUGCUGGUUCACGAGAAGAGGGCAUCUAUUGAUCUCAAGCUUGCGGAGCUGAGGGAGAAGUUCUGGCCGACUACGAAGGAGAACCGUGCGCUGGCAGAGGCGGGGGCGGCGAAGGCUAAAGAAGCUGAGAUUCUUGCGAAGAAGAAGAGGACGAGGAUCAGAACGUGGGGUCAGUCGGUUGGUGAAUCGGUCAUGGGGUUUUUUAAACAUGGCCGCCUGCCAGAGAAGAAGAAGGUGAAGGAGCCAUCGCCGUUCGCUAAACUUCUUUGAAUGGGAGGAGUUUGAUGGGUUCGGUGGAUGGGCAGCAGCGGGACACGGUGGUACAUGCCAGCAACGCGCACAGGUUCAUUAAUAUGAAUUUUUGUCAAAUAGGCGUGGACAUAUAUCGUGCGUGAGCCGUCAUCGAAUUGUACAAGC